GCAGUGCUGUGAGCGUCUCGCCAGCGCGCGCGCCACUCGAUCUGUGACGUCACGCGCCCGCCGGCCGACCCGAGCGCGCGGUAUUUGUUCCGGCGCAAAUUACAGACGGGGCCGGGCCGAAUAGGCGGCCUGUCAGUCGAGCCGGCGAGCAGAGCCGAACCGCGACGUGAGAGAGCGAGCGGCCGACGGACGGUGCCCAGAUGCGAGUCAUCCACAACAACCUGCAGCAGGCGCGCGACCAGCCGCCCUCCGUCAUGGACAAGCUGCGCAACAACUUCAACCAGCUAUGCCCGCUGCUACGGGCCCGCUAUCGCAAGUUGUUCGACGACUACGCGUCGUCCAAGGAGAACAUACCGCUGCUGAUACAGAGCGCCGACUACGUGUCCUACUCGUGCUCCUGCUGCGGUCGCACGCAGAAGCUGCAGGCAGAGGAGCUGAACACGAUCGUGGGCAACGCGUUCCGAAUGGCGUAUGCGGCGCGCCUGCAGCGAUCCUGCCUGGCAGGGCCGGGCAGCGCCGGCGACGACUCCGCCUGGGAGAUGGAGAGCCGCAACAACCACGACAAGACCAACAACCGCACCUGGGGCCGGCGCUCCAAGCAUCGCGAGCCUAGCCGACGCGAGCUGUCGCGGGGCAAAAACGUCAACCUGGCGAGUCCGGCGGCGGCGGCGCCGGCGGCGCCCGGCGCCCAGGAGCCGACCCGGCUGGCCGCCGAGCUACGCUGCCCCCUGCUGGCGGGCUACGUCAACGAGGCCGUGUCCACCACCGACUCGGAGUCGCGCUCGAGCGAGGGCGAUGUGCGGCCGCUCUCGGCCGCCGGCCGCUCCGUGUCGGCCAGCAGCCAGAGCCUGCGAGAGGACACGAAGAGUUGCCACUGGUCGAGCGCCUCCAGCUCUGCCUCCGCGUCACAUCACGCGGAGGGCACGAGCGGGGCCUCGACGCCGCUGCCGCCGCCCUACUACCAGCAGGGCCCCAGCCAGGAGCGGGUGGAGCUGCGCAGCGCCGCCUGGUUCCAGGCAGGCAUACCGAGGGAGAUCGCGCUCGAGGUGCUCUCCCAGGAGCCGGUGGGUGCCUUCAUGGUGCGCGAGUCGACUACCAAGCACGGCUGCUACGCGCUCUCGCUGAGGGUGCCCCGCGACUUCCAGGUGUCGGGCAUCGCCCACUACCUGAUCCUUAAAACCGCCAAAGGAUACAAGAUCAAGGGCUUCAUGAAGGAGUUCACCUCGCUGACGGCCCUGAUUACGCACCACUCGGUGAUGCCCGAGCUGCUGCCGUGCACGCUGUCGCUCAGCCGCUACAACCCCAACUUCGUGCGCUCCGAGUCGGCGCAGGACCUGGUCGAGCUCGACACGGACUCCGAGUACAACGGACUUAGUGAACUGUCGCGCGCCACCGCUGACACCAGCGUGUGAGACGGCCGCGACGCGGCGCUAGUGUCGCGCCGCCGGGGACGGGCGGCGUCCCCGGAGCCGGCGGCGGCCGUCCGGACAGUGACUGACUGUGCCCCGCGCGGCGGGCGGGCCGACCGGGCUGACCUGCGGUGACCUCAGGCCACCGGGGCCGAUCAGACCGGACUCGCAGCCCGCUCCUGUGAUACUAACGCUAGUUGUCCGAUGCCGCACGCGUUGUAGGUAAUCUGAGAUACGUCUAUUAUUUAUUGGUUGUGCGGCGGUUGUCUGCGCGGCUUCGACCUCGGCGCGGGAAACGACGAUGGAGAUUGAAGAGUCAUCGACCGACCCGCGCUUAUGAUGUGUUUGCUUGAACGUGAACUGAUUGAAAUAAACCACUCGUAAUACAG